UCAACCAUAUAGAGAUCUCCAUUCCUUUUUCUUCUUUGAUGUCUUCAUCAAUGAAUAUAGAUCUUUUACCUCAAGAUUGUAUUGCACACGUUCUCUCAUUCGCCUCUGCUCGAGAAGCAUGUCGGUUGUCAACCGUCUCAGAGAUGAUGCACUUAAUUGCUGAUUCUGAUGUUGUAUGGGAGAAAUUUCUUCCAUUUGAUUGUAAGGAAAUUUUGUUGCGAUUAGAUUCUUCAGUGGUUUACGAUACUAAAAAGGAUUUGUAUUUCAAGUUAUGUUGUCCUCAUCUUAUUGAUGGGGGCAAGAAGAUCUUCUAUAUAGAUAAAGAGACAGGUAAGAAAUGCUAUAUUUUAGGUGCAAGGGAACUUCAAAUCCAAUGGUCAAACAAUCCUCUGUAUUGGUCUUGGAAUAGACAACCCUUUCUAAAAUCAAGGUUUGAAGAAGUUGCAGAAUUGAGAACUAUAUGGUGGCUAGAAAUAAAAGGCUCAAUCAACACCAAAUUUCUUUCCUCAAAAACACUUUACUUUGCAUAUCUUUUGGUGAAGUUUGCAGACAGAGCUUAUGGAUUAAACACUCAUCCAUCUCAAGCCUCAGUUCAACUCAAUACUGUGAUAUCUAAAAGAAAAGUGUAUUUACACAAGGAAAAAGGCUACAAAGAUCAAGUUUUCAUUGAUGGAGAUGAUGGAGACGAUGACAAUUGGGUCGAGAUCAAGUUGGGAGAGUUUUACGUUAAUGAUUCUGGAGAAGGUGUCGUUGAGAUGUGCUUGAAAGAAGUCGAGAGUCAACAUUUGAGAGGCGGUCUUGUUGUCGAGGGAAUUCAACUUAGACCUAACCUAUAAAUUGAAACUUCAAAAAUAGAGAAGGCUUUGAAUAAAUUAUUCAGUUAAACAAUUAUUCAAUAAGGCUGGUGUAAUGUGGUUACCAUUUAUGUUCUAGGUGUAGGGAGAAAAUUAACUAGCAUCUCUAUCGAUGAUAUGUAACUACUACUUUUUUAGAGCUUUCUUGAUAAAAUAACUGUAUUUU